UGCCACCCAUUGGCUGAGGCUGAUACCAUACGCCCUGAUACACGACACUGGAGGCACCUCCCAGAAUCCCGUGGCCCACGCCUGAGUCCGCCUGCGUUCCUCAGCCUGGUGGGUUCACCUUUAGAGGCUCUUUAGCUUUGUCGCCUGCCCUUGGUUUAACUUACACCUUUGCCUUUGGCGCCUUUGACCACUGGAAGCCCCGCAGCGAGUUCCAGCGGACUUCACCAGCAGACCCAGAAGUGGUGCGUGAAGCACAGCGUCUGUUCCUCCUUGAGCCUGUCAGGAACUGCUGCCUGCCGCCAUCAUGUCUGCUGCAAAUCCUGAGACUCCAAACUCAACCAUCUCCAGAGAGGCCAGCACCGAGUCUGCAUCAGCUGCAGCUAGCCAAGGCCGUGUUUUACCAGAAGGCAAAAUCAUGCCAAACACUGUUUUUGUUGGUGGAAUUAAUGAUAGGAUGGAUGAAACUGAGGUUCGAAACUGCUUUGGUAGAUAUGGUUCAGUUAAAGAAGUGAAGAUAAUCAUGGAUAGAACUGGUGUGUCCAAAGGCUAUGGAUUUGUUUCCUUUUUUAAUGACGUGGAUGUCCAGAAGAUACUAGAAUCACAGAUACAUUUCCAUGGUAAAAAGCUGAAGCUGGGCCCUGCAAUCAGGAAACAAAAAUUACGUGCUCAUUAUGUGCAGCCUCGUCCUUUGGUAUUUAAUCCUCCUCCUCCACCACAGUUUCGAAAUGUCUGCAGUAAUCCAAAUGCUGAAAAUUACCUUCCGCCCCCAAUAGCAGUGAAUCCUGUAACUCAGUACGUUCAGGCAUAUCCUACUUACCCAAAUUCACCAGGUGCAGUCAUCACUGGGAAUCAGUUGGCUGUAUAUAAUUAUCAGGCAUUGCCUGUUUAUCCGAAUUUACCAGUUCAGGUCACUACUGGAUAUCAGUUGCCUGUACAUAAUUAUCAGGCAUUUCCUGUUUAUCCAAAUUCACCAGUUCAGGUCACUACUGGAUAUCAGUGGCCUAUAUAUAAUUAUCAGGCAUUUCCUGUUUAUCCAGAUUCACCAGUUCAGGUCACUACUGGAUAUCAGAUGCGUAUACAUAAUUACCAGGUAUUUCCUAUUUAUCCAGAUUCACCAUUUCAGGUCACUACUGGAUAUCAGUUGUCUGUAUGUAAUUAUCAGGUAUUUCGUGAUUAUCGAAAUUCACCAGUUCAGGUCACUACUGGAUAUCAGUUGCCUGUACGUAAUUAUCUGAUAUAUCCUACUUAUCCAAAUUCACGAGGUCAGGUCACCACUGGGCAUCAGUUGCCCGUGUGUAAUUACCAGAUGCCACCGCAGUAG